AAAAUAACGGACCGGAAUAAACCCGCGGGCUUGCUAUAUAAAACCACGGACUUGUUUCACAUGAAGCUGUCAGCUUUGUCAGAGGUCAAGCCGUGAAAGUGUCAGGGCUUUCCUCGUGGCCAAGAAGCCAUGAAAGUGUUUAUUCUUUUACUGACCUGUCUGGUCAUUACCAGCGGUCAGCUUAUACAGAGGUCCAAGCGUGACGCACUUUCCUACGGUGAUUCAAAGUCCAAAAGUGGCGGCGGUUUCAAAGGUGACGGUGGCUAUGGCAAAGGGACUUCUUUCUCUAAGGGUGGCGGGACUGGUAACGACAACGGUCAGAAAUCCGGAGGAAAAGGUCAAGGCCGCGUAGGCCAAGACUUUGGCGACUUCGGUGACGACGACCAGCAGAGUAGCGACGAAGACAACAGCGACUUCUCCGCUAGCAAGGGCAAUAACUUUAAAGCCAACGGAAAUUCAGGCAACGGGAAUAGCAGAGCCGGCAAGGGAAAUAACUAUCAGUCCCAAGGCAACUCUAAAGGGGGUGAUGGUUUCUCUUCUAGCAAGGGAAGAAACUCCCAAUCCAACGGAAACACCAAGAGUGAUACCAACAGUGAUACAGGUUCGAGAGGCAGUAAAGGUAAUGGCUUUCAGUCAAAAGGAAAUUCAAGAAGCGGCAGUGGCUACAGCUCCAGUAAGGGAAACAACUUCCAGUUCGGAGGUAAUGUAAAGGGUGACGAUCAAGACUCUGAAGAUGAUUCUUCCAGCAGGAGCAGCAACAUAAGAGCCAAUGGCAAGGGAAACAACCGAGGUGGUUACGGCGGCAAGGGAAAUAAUCAACAAAAAGGAAACGACGGCGGCAGCAGCGAGGAAGAUGGUGACAAUAACAGAAGUGGAAAUAACCAACAAAAGGGAAGAAACAGUCAAAGCGGGUCAUCAAAAGGUCAAGGAUACGGAAGCGGUGGUAACAGUGGCAAUAGUGGUAACAGUGGUAAUAGUGGUAACAACGGAAAUUCCCAGGGCAGAAGUUCACAGAGUUCCAAUGGCGGCUCUAGUCAGGGGAAAGGAAGUCAGCGUCUUAGCAGUUCCGGCGGCCAGGCAUUCCAUAAAUCAUUGCCUGGCGACGAUGGGGAAGGCGAAGACAGCAAGGGUGGGAGUGGUCGGUACAGAAGAAGCAUGGAUUAUGGCGGGAAAGGAAAAAGCGGAGGCAGCAAGAGCAAAGGAAGCGGUGGAGGCGGAAGCAGCAAAAGCCAUGGAGGUGGCUCAGGAGGUGGUAUGAGCAGAGGAGGAGGAGGAGGCGGUGGAAUGAGUAGUGGAGGAAGUAAAAGCUACGGAGGCCAUGGAGGAGGAGGAGGAGGAGGAGGGAUGGCAGGAGGGAAAAGCAGAAGAGGGGGAGGCGGUGGAAGCAGUGGAAAACUGAUCAUGAAAAGUAGCGGCGGUUAUGGGGGUGGAUCUAUAGGUGGCAUGAGUAGAGGUGGAGGAGGUGGUGGAAUGAGUGGUGGAGGAGGUGGUGGAAGGAGCCAUGGAGGAGGAAGUAUGAGCAGCGGUGGAGGCAGUGGAACGAGCAGUGGAGGAAGUGGAAAAAGUGCAACGAUAAUAAUUAAAUAUGGCGGAGGCAGCCAAGGCAAUGGAGGUGGAUCGGGAGGUGGUGGAAAGAGUUAUGGUGGAGGAAGCAUGAGCAGAGGAGGCGGAGGAGGUGGAUCGAGCGGUGGAAGCGGUGGAAUGAGUCGAGGUGGAGGAGGAGGUAUGAGCAGAGGUGGAGGAGGAGGUGGAAGCAGUGGUGGAAGCGGUGGAAUGAGCAGAGGAGGAGGAGGAGGAGGUGGUGGAAAGAGUUAUGGAGGAGGAAGCAUGAGCAGAGGAGGAGGAGGUGGUGGAAUGAGUAGUGGUGGUGGAAUAAUGGGAGGGAGGAGUGCUAAGAUGAUAAUGAAAAGCGGAGGAAGUGGAAAAAGCAGCGGCGGCUAUGGAGGCGGGAUUAGUAGAGGCGGUGGAGGUGGUGGAAUGGGAGGAGGAAAAAGCAGAGGAGGUGGAGGCGGAGGAAUGGGAGGAGGAAUAAGCAGAGGAGGGGGAGGCGGAGGAAUGAGCCAUGGGGGAGGAGGGUCUAGCAGAGGUGGCGGGGGUAGCGGAAUGAGUAACGGAGGUGGUUCAACGGGCGGUGGAAGUGAAAAAAUCGCUAAGAUAAUAAUACAAUACGGUGAAGGCGGACAAGGUACUGGUAAUGGAGGUGGUGGAACCGGAGGAGGUAUGAGCAGAGGAGUAGGAGGAGGAGGUGGUGGAAUGAGUGGUGGAAGCGGUGGAAUGAGCCGUGGGGGAGGAGGUAUGAGCAGACAAGGAGGAGGAGGAGGAGGUGGCGGUGGAAUGAGUGGUGGAAGCGGUGGAAUGAGCCGUGGGGGAGGAGGUAUGAGCAGAGGAGGAGGAGGAGGUAGUGGGAAAAGCAGCGGCGGCUAUGGAGGCGGGAUGAGUAGAUUUGGUGGAGGCAGCGGAAUGGGAGGAGGAAUGAGUAGAAGUGGAGGUGGUGGUGGAAUGGGAGGAGGAGGUGGUGGAUACGGUGGAAUGGGUGGUGGAAUGAAGGACUAAACUGACACAUAACUUUGUAACUGUUUUUUUUUGUACGCCUUGGUGCCAUUCUAAAGUGUCUUCACUUGUAUUUCAUCAAAAGUUUUGAUUGAAACAAUGAAUACCCACAAACCGGCAGUUGUUGCUAGAGUAUUAUCUACACAAUUUUGUAAGGGAGUUUAAAGUUGUUUUUUCUAGACUAUGAAGUCUUAUUUGUUUUUACAAUUUUAGAAAUGCUAAUUUAUCUUUUUUUUUUCUCUUGAAUGAAUUGUAACAUCAUAAAAAGCAUUCAGAUAAAUGUUUCUUUUUUUGUAUAUGUUUGUAUUGCAAUAAUUUUGUUACGAAACUUGUUUGACUUUAACAUAAAGACAUGAAAUUUAUUUAGAUGUUUAUUUGUUUCAGAUUGACAUAUUCUAUAAAUAUUUACUCAUUGGCAUUUCACAUGAUUCUAAAGCACAAAAAUUAUUAAAUAAUUUUAUUGUCCAGA